AUGGGUACCAAGACCAUUCGGCCUCGACAGUUUGGUUAUACACCAUUAUUUGGUUCUGCAAGCGAAUAUCCCGGAUUCCCCGGCGCUCGAAAUGCUAACUCAUGCCCCACAAAGGGUAAUUGGAGAGGCCAGAAUAACCCUCUCGCCUCAUGGGUUCUGGCCGUCGCAGAAGCCCAAAAAAAAGGGCCAAUGCCCGUAGAACCAGCCGAAGACUCCGAGGAAUGGAAAGCGUUGAUGGAGUAUAGAUCCGAGAAGGCCUUUGCACCGAAGGUUCCCCCGCCGACGCUUCCUCCACCGAUAGUCUCUGAAGGGAUACCCUGUCGUCCUAAGAUACUUCGGAGAUCAUAUGCCGAGGUACUUUCCGGAUCAAAGUUGACAGUCGAAUCCUCAUCAAAGUAUAUCGAGGAGCAAUUCUCAGUCCCUAACGAGAAAGAGAAGUAG